AUGAGCCCAAAAUCGUGGAGCAAAAAUGGAGGUGUAAUAAAAGCAGAAACAGAUCCCCUUCAAUUCCCACUUGAAAACAGCUCAAAACUCCUGAUAGUUCCCCCCACUGGAGAUAGCUCUAACACUUGUAAAGAACUAGUCCGAUCCAACAUUUGGAGAGAGCGAUCUGGAGACUCUAACUCUAACUGCCUGUCUAAAGAUGUCUGGAACUACCUAACAUAUGUUUCGGCGCUGCUAACGCGCCUUCGUCUGAGGCAAGGCAACCGGACGCAGCUCUCCGGUAACAAUUUAAAGCUGCACAUAGCCAAUCACUGUAGGGGGGGCGUGGUUACAUCAUUCGCGCCCAAACAGGAUACGAAUUGGCCACGCCCCCUAUGA